GUACAGAGGUCGUACAAUAUAACACGUAAAGCGUCGUCGUCACGGCAUUUAUUCGUACAUAUAUGUAUUAUCAAAUUUUGUCACUGUGUACGUACGACAAAACUCUAAUCGCUUCAAGUUUAUAUGAACGACCGUUUGACUACUUGUUUCAAGAUGUGCAAAGGUUAGAUCUAGUGUCUGUGGAGUGUUUAACAAAACCAUCAGUGAAGCAGAUGUUGCUGUCAUAAUGUAGUAGAACGUUUUAAUUUACUUAUUUUCCGUGGAGGAUUGACUCAACAGGGUAAAAAGGCAUCCAUAGUAUCCACGUAAGGAUACAUGGAUGCUACUAAUGGCCAGAAGCCCCUCGGUGGGCAUCCACCCACUGGAGGCACUGGCGUGGAUAAGAGUAAAGAGUGGCAAAUGGAGCUACUCAUGGAGAAAUUAAGAUCGAAAUCAUCAGGUCUGAAGAGUCUCGUGGAAACUGCGAAGAAUCUGCGAAUGGCAAUGCUCGACAAGAGGUUUGCGAUCGACAGCGUUGAGAAGGGUCAACUACAGAAAUGUCUCGACACACUCCAACAUUCAAUCAAAGUGUCUUCCCUCCAGUCGAUGGUGGAGAGGCUCGAGAGUCUCACCAGACAGUUGGGAUUAAAGUUCGCAAUGGUACCUAGUGCAACUGAGACAGGAUUAUUCAUCUCCUCUGAUAUGUUCUUUCUCGAGGUCCUUCUGGAGCCCUCCGGAAUCGUUAAGGACGUGAAAAUCCAGCAUGAAGGGAAGAGCGAACAGCAGAGCUGCGAAGAACUAGUUUCCUGUCUUUCGAGAGGUGAUUUCGUAGAUUUCACUGCUCAACUCGAAGGACUGGCGUCGAUUUAUCAGCUCAACGCUGAUAAGAAAGUCAAGUGCAAAGCUUUCAGUGCUUUGCAGUCUCUGGAAGCGGAUUUGGGGGUUUUAGCGCAAUUACAAACUUUUAUGAAGGAGCCUUUCAAUCUCGUGCACAAAAGCCCCGUUGGCAUUCUCGAGAGGCGAAAAGGUGGUCACGCGAUGAAGCUAACGUACUUCGUCUCCCCCUACGACUUAAUCGACCUGCAGACUCGCAUAUGCGACCAACUAACUCCGGAAGCAGUGAUAACCCGUAAGAUCGGUCACUCAGUGACAGUCUGCUUGGAGGGUUCAACAGCCCACAAGCUCCCCACGACAAGCAUCCUCACAGUGAAUCGUUCAACAACCGGCAAGAACACCCCCUCGUACGCCCCCCUGACGGGCUCCAACUCGUCGAUGCUACCAGCCUGCUUCGUCCUGAAGCUCGCCAAGAGGAUGCCCAUGUGCGGGGAGCUGUUGAAUCAAAUUCAAAAAGUCACUGAACUCGAGUGCCUCGAUGUGUCCUCACCCCAGCCCCUCUUGAGCCUAAUCGUUCAGCACUCGAGCCUCGGACAACUGGACUGCAGAAACAAUCGUGGACUGUACGUGACCCUUCCUGACCAGCAGCACUGCUACUUCAUGACUGAGAACAAGAGCAUGGAGGGUGUCCUGGUGGGCAGCAUUCCCUUCACUCAUCCAGCCCACGUGCCACGAAUUCUCGGUUAUCUUCGUCAACAGGCCCUCUUCAAUACUCUCCUCACGAGCUGUGUCCGGCCAAUGGCACGCCAAGAGCUUGAGCACACGACAAUGCUGGAAAUAAGUGCCCUAUCGUGGCAGCACGUAUCGAUAAGCCUCGAGCACCCAUUCGAGGAGACAAUGGCAACAAUUGAACUCGAUCUGUCGGAUAUAUCAGCAGUUAAAUGUAAACUGUACGGUGUGAGUGUGACAGACGACGAACAAACGUCCGAUAUAAUAAGCAAAGUAUUGCAAAGGUGCCUUAAUAUACCAGUGACGAUGAGAGCACUCAUUAAAACAUGGGAGGGACGUAACUCAAUGCCAAUGAGUAAUAUCAGCAGCAGUGGUGCUGGUGGUGGUGCAACAAAUGGUGGUAAUUACAGUGUUAAUUUACAGGGGCCACAGAAUGGCCACGAUGGGAAUACACCUAUGGAUUUUACGAAUGGCGACAGUAAUAUCAAAGUUGAGCCUGGAUUGAAUGGCAAUGGUAAUGGUAUAAGACAGCAAAUAACAAAUCAACAGCAGCAGUCUUUUUUAGAUGCCGGAACGGAGAAUAGUAUCGGGUUUCCGUCGUUUUCCGGCCAAUCCGAUACACAAAAUACAAUGUUAAAUCCACUGCAAUUGGGUGCACUACUGCAGGGCAAGAGUUCACCGGUUGGGGGAAUGUCGUCGUCAACACCAACGUCUGAUAGAUCUAAGAAGAAUAGAAAGAGAAAGACAGCUGAUGGCAUUUGGAGGAGUCCCAAGAAUAAGAGCGAUGAUUCGGGAGAAAUUUUACUCGAGAGCUCGAGCUCUGAUUCAACACCUCUGGGCACACCAACUUCUAGGGAUAAUGCUAAUGGAACGAGAACACCAACUCCCACGUCAGCAGCUGUGAGUUUGGUCACUGGAUUGGAUCUUUCUAAUCUCGAUGCCAGUGAUAUUGUCAGUGGUGAUACUAGGAGCUCCACGGAUUAUGAUGUGGAUAAUGAGUCUGAGGUGAUGGAGGUGCACGAUUUACCUGAUGACUACAACGAAAUUAUGAAGAAGGAGAGGAAGUCGAGGAAAAAUCGAGAGGAGAAGAAGAGUCCAAAUGUCUUCGAGGAGAAGAGUAAUCUGGUGCCUUCGUCACUCAGCAUAACACAGAUUACGAAUAGUGGUGUUACCAUCACUCCCACCAGCUACAAUUCAGUGCUAUCGGGGAUAAGUUUGGAGAGGAGGCCUGGGAUUGAGUUGAUUCCCAUCACUCCAACGUCUCUAUCUAGUUCUGUGACGAUAACUCCGAUCACUCCAGCCACGAUAAAGCCGGUGAAUCCAGAGGACAGGAGGGAUAGGAAGAAGACGAGUGAUGAUAAGGCGAGGCUUGAGAAGAGGAGGAAACGGAAGAAGGAGGACAGCCCCAUGGGACCACCUGAGAAACUUCCACUGAAGACGCAGGAUCCACUGUCCAAGCCGGUUUCUGUCAGUAUUAAACCAGAGCCGCAGCAGAGCAUCUCGAGGCCCUCGUCACCUGCGACAAUUAAACGGUUCAAUCCUUCGCCGGGGCAUACGAGCCCUUUAGCUCUUGUUGGGAAGUCGUCGCCGGGGGUCAAGUCCUCGUCGAGUGGCAACAGCAGCUCAUCGUCGAGUUCCUCGACGCCCAGCAAAUCCAUGCCGAGUCCCAAGCAUUCGCCGGUUUACAGCAGUCCGAAGCACACGUCGUCAGGUAUAUCUGCCAACGUAAGCCCGAAGCACGGCACAUCGUCCCCGAAGCACGGGAGUUCAGCGAGUUCAGGCAAGCCAAGCAUGUCUGCCUUGAAGUCAGCAGCCAACAACUCCCCCUCUCCCUCCAGCAAGAGCAGCGAUCAGGGUUCAUCGAAGCCGAAAUCCUCGAGUAAAGAUCCCUCCAGAGACAAAGAUCGAAAGGCCCCCUCCUCCGCACUAUCCUUCAGUGGUUCUGGCCACCAGAGUCCAAAGACAAAGUCCUCCAGCAACAAAGUCAAGUCAAUUGACCUUCUCCCGAGUUCGGAGGGCCAGUCGUCCCUUCCGAGCAGUGGCAGCAGUACUCCACCCUCUGGUGGCUCAGACCUGAGUAAAUCCACGUCUGCACAGCAGCAGCAGGCGAGGAAUCGAAAGGGCUCCCUCAGUGCUGUGAUCGAUAAACUGAAGAAUGCCCAGCACGUCACCGACGAGGGGAAUGGCAGCGGAAAAUCCGGGGAGUCUAGCUCCAAAGAGAGACCUCCCACAUCAACCAAGAGCAGCGAGGGCAAGAGUGCGGGGAAGAACAGUCCCUCGAUUGACAGCAAAAACCCUGGAGAGUACAUGGUAAAGCACAGUUCAGAUGGAAUGAAGAUAACGAUUAACAAGACGAGGGCUAAAGACUCGAAGACUGGAAACAUGAAGAUGUCUUCUUCAGGGGUGAGGGAGCCAGUGGCCUCGUCAGGGUCGUCCUCAUCAGGGAAUGGAUCCCCGAAGACUCACACUGGCCUGAAGCCUGGGGUCAACUCGGGGCCAGCCUCGAAAAAGCCCCAGUCCCAGUCAUCUCUGAAGGUCCAACAGGGGAUGAACGCCUCGGGAAUGUCGAACAAGGUGGGAUUACCGGGGCAGAAGGUCUCUAGUAUGAAGUCAACGUCGGGAUCAUCCUCGUCGAGUGGAGGUGGGAUUUUAACGAAAAGUGCCACGUCGAAGUCUUCAGGAUCACCGAAGAUGUCGAGCUCGGGGGCGACUGAUCUCAGCAGAAGUCGAGACAAGUCGAGAGUCCCAAAGUCUGGGGAGAAAUCUGGGGGACUGUUUGGGUCAAAGUCGACGGAUAGAAAGGCGAGUCCGUCAGCCCUGAGGGAGGAGAGCGAGACCGAAAGGGCGUUUAAACUACUCGCUGCACACGCAUCAAUGUCCAGUGUUCCUCCUCAGAUGCUUGUCGAGGGUCUCAUCAAGCAGCAAUUGGAUACUAAUUUUCAAAUUCCAAAGUUGUCAGCGCGAAAUGCAGACUCGAGUGACAAAAAAUCGACGAGUGAUAAAUUACCAACACCUGAGCACAGUGGAAAUAAACUCUUGGAGAGUCUGUCGACGAGUAAGCUUGAUUCCAAGGUGCAGAAUGCGAAUAUAUCGGGCUCGAAGUCAUCGGAUUUGUUGGAGAGACGUGAGGGGACACAGAGUAAGCCGGAUAAUUCAUCGACUGCCAUGCCACUGAUGAGUCUCAAUGCUCUGGACGCAACUAUUCUAAAAUCAUCAUCGAAUGUACCUGUUACCCAUGACUCUGAUGUGCCCACGAAUCUGUCGAUGCAGCCAGAUAUGGAGGCGAGGGAUGUCUGCAAGGAUCUGACGAUAAACCCCAGGAAUUCUACUCCUCAAUUUCUGAAGAAUAUUCCAACAGGGGGUGGAAGUGAUGAUAGUAUCCUGGGGCAUGCGGACACGUCAGAUGCCAUUGUCUCGUCGAAGGCAUCAACCUUUCCCACUUCUGGCUCUUCGGUGUCUGGCACCUCGGAGAGUUUGAAUCUGUCCACUAAACCAGCUGAUGCUGCCUUGAGCAAAUACAAAUCAGAGGAUCGUAAAGAUAAAACUUCAUCAGUCCUUCCAAUGUCUUCAAGUGUUGCAUCGUCGAUAGAUGCACCUGUUAAAUCAACGACUCCAGUGCCUAGUGCUGAUGCCAACGAUAUGCUGCUGGAUUUUUCAACUCCGAAGGACAUGGGAAAGGUCUCCCUGUCGAGUAUUCCUGAGAGAGCCAUGAGUCUGCAAGCUCCUGUUCGGAGGAAUACUCCACCUCCACCGCCACCCCCACCACCACUUGCUUUCCCACCGAGUCCCUCAGUGUCUGUGCAUAUUCUCAAGAGUCCAGUUCCCUCGCCCAGGGUCAUUCCACCAUCACCACAUUCAGCAGCGUCACCCUGCAUCACUGAUGAUGAACUCAUGGAUGAGGCACUGGUGGGAUUAGGUAAAUGAAGAUUACUGAAUG